UUGGCCAGCUUCGGGCGGAAGUCGGGAGGGUCGGUGGUCCGAAGACGCUGGCUUGUGACAGGGCGGGGUAGAAGGAAGGCCUACAUAAAGGUUGCCUCUCCAUCCCUUCGCUCCCGGGGACCCUCGGAAAAAACCCAACACCCCGGCCCCGCGGCUAGCCCCUUCCCCCAGGCUCUCUCCGCUCGAUUUCGCCACCGUUAUGUGGGAAGCGAAUCCGUAAAAUGGCCCAACAAUGUGAACAGUAUGAACAAUAAUAGAAGGAAGAGCUGGAGUUGUGAACAGUUAACCUGGACAACUGAUCUUAAAUUUCAAAUUACUGCCUUUAUUUUCUGAUUAAAAAGUAGAAGGCAAAUAGUGGGUCCUAUACCUGAAGCUCUUGAUCCUAGAGUGUUCUAUUUUUCAUUUCUUAGCCACCAAUCAACUUUAAAACAUGAAGGAAAAAUCCAGAAAAUAAUCAUAAAGCAUUCCUUGGAGAAGUUUCCAAACAUGAAUAAAAUAUAACAAGCCCCCUUCAUUGAGCUCAGGAGAUGUUUCACAAAGCGGAAGAAUUCUUACCCAAGCGGACGGAUAGUGAGAUGGACGAGAUGGACACGUCGGACACCCAGUGGGGCUGGUUUUACCUGGCGGAGUGUGGGAAGUGGCAUAUGUUUCAGCCGGAUACCAACAUUCAGUGUUCAGUUAGCAGUGAAGAUAUCGAAAAAAGCUUCAAAACAAACCCUUGUGGCUCCAUUUCUUUUACUACUUCCAAAUUCAGCUACAAGAUAGACUUUGCAGAAAUGAAGCAAAUGAAUCUCGUCACUGGAAAACAGCGCUUAAUAAAAAGAGCCCCCUUUUCUAUCAGUGCUUUCAGUUACAUCUGUGAAAAUGAGGCCAUCCCCAUGCCCCCACACUGGGAGAAUGUGAACACCGACGUGCCCUAUCAGCUGGUUCCUUUGCACAGUCAAACACACGAGUAUAACGAGGUUGCCAGUCUCUUUGGGAAAACAAUGGACCGCGGCAGAAUUAAAAGAAUCCAGAGAAUUCAAAACCUGGACUUGUGGGAGUUCUUCUGCAGGAAAAAGGCUCAGCUCAAGAAAAAAAGAGGCGUGCCUCAGAUUAAUGAACAAAUGCUCUUUCAUGGUACCAGCAGUGAAUUUGUGGAAGCAAUUUGCAUUCAUAACUUCGAUUGGAGAAUAAAUGGUAUCCAUGGUGCUCUCUUUGGGAAAGGAACCUAUUUUGCUAGAGAUGCUAUUUACUCCAGUCGCUUCUGCAAAGACGACAUAAAACACGGAAACACAUUCCAAAUUCAUGGCGUAAGCUUGCAACAGCGGCAUCUGUUUAGAACGUAUAAAUCUAUGUUUCUCGCUCGAGUGCUAAUUGGAGAUUACAUAAACGGAGACUCCAAAUACAUGCGACCUCCUUCCAAAGACGGGAGCUAUGUGAAUUUAUAUGACAGCUGUGUGGAUGAUACCUGGGACCCAAAGAUCUUUGUGGUGUUUGAUGCCAACCAGAUCUAUCCUGAGUACUUAAUAGACUUUUAUUGAUUUCACUUCCAAAUCUCAGUGGUCAAGGAAGUUCUGUGCUUUUUUUGCAGGAAGAUUUGCUCUCCUGUCAUCUAGCCACUAAAUGUUCACUAUCUGAUACUUUUGAAACAGAUAUGAAAAAAAAAAGUGGCCUCCAUAUAAAAAGACAUACUGACUUUAAGGUUGGUUUUUUGUUGUUUUGUUUUUGUCCGUUGCUCGCAGUCUUGUUUGUUAAAGAUUGAUACAAUACCGUUGCCAUUUGAACACAGAGGCGAAAGGUAGCACUCAAAACUGAAUCAGCUGAGUCUCAAUUACCGUGAUCAUUCAGAGUCUGUAAAGUUUACAUGUGUGUUAUAUUUAUUCAUAUAUAUGUCCAAAAAAUAAAAAAAACAGACAUAACUGUGUCGUCCCUUCAGAGGAAUUGAUCCUUUGUAAAUUGAAUCCUGACAUUAUUAUCCACCAAUCAAUACAUUGCCUUGUUGGUCUUCCAAAGCAGGGAUUUAAAAUCUCAAAGCAGGCUGAGUACCGUGGGAAAAAUCAGAAAUACAAAUGUUAUUUACCAAGCUGCCAGACCAACCAAAAGGAGAAAGUCAAGGUAGAGUGUCCAGCUUCUGAUCACCCAGGGGCACAGAGUGCAGUCUGAGACUGCUCCUGUCAUUCUCUUAUCUCCUACGUCAGAACUGACAAGUGCUGCAGACUGUAAUUAGUCCACAGUUCACCCACCAGGGCUCUUGAAUUCUCAUACCAUGACUUGCUCCACACAGUGUUUACUGCCUCUUCAACAUGAAACGCUUACUGCUUUACCAAAACAUGUAUUUUUCCCUUUGCUUUGGGGUCCCUACAAUAAUUACUUGUAAGAUUCCUUAUCUGCUCCCCACCACACACAGCUGUGCAACAGCAAUUCCUAAUACUCACAUUUUUAAGUUGGAUCUCCCCAUUCUAAAUCAUUGCAGAAGGCAGGGGGUUCUGGGAUCAAAUCUGGUUUAGCCUUUUGAGUAGUAAAUUGACAAUCUGCUAACACUUAAAAAGUUAGAUGCAGUUCAUAAUCAUGUGUAAUGGAAGUUCAUCUACCUGUUCCAUCUGUUUUGCUGUUAUUCUAUUCCAAAGAAGAAUAAGUAAUGUUGGGACAGCUUUCUGCCCCUAGAGGCGUUCUGGCAGAGGCUAGACAAUGACUGGGCAGAAAUGUCAUACAAGAGUUCAGGUGUCAGUUGGAGGAAUUGGCCAUAUGAUGGUUGAGUGUUUCCCCACCUUGAUUUUCCAUGAUUCUACCUGAGGAAAAAAAAAAAAAAA